CAACCCCAACUGCCCAAAACGGCAAAAUCCCACGUCCUCGCUGUCCCCGACAAAAUCCCCACUCAAAGAAACCAGAGAGAGACAGGCAUGCUCAAGCUCAACCCUAAGCUCACCUCCAUCACUUUCUUCCACCUAUACCUCCUCUUCAUCCUCACCCACCUCGCAACCUGCAAUGGGGCGUCCAUUCUAGGCCUCAGUUCACUGAGAAGCAGCGGUCUUGAUCUUCUUCUGGAGAGGUCAUCAUGCUCUGAGGCCGCCAUUGGCGAGUGCGUGACGGAGCCGGAGAUGGAGUGGGAGACCGGCCGGAGAGCGCUGGCGGCGCAGCAGAGCAACGCAAAGUACAUCAGCUACGAGACGCUGAGGAGGAACGCGGUGCCCUGCCAGAGACCAGGGGCUUCCUACUACAAUUGCCCGGUGGGCAGGCCAAUCCGUACAACAGAGGGUGCGCUGUCAUCACUGGGUGUGCACGAAACGUCGGAGACAUCAAGAAUUGAAAGAGUCCGUCUCGGAGAAAGAGAAAGAGAUGGUGAUGUGAUCAUUGCUCUGUGAUCUAAUUUGAAGUGGUGACAUAAGAUGUUACCCUUUUGAUUUGGCUCUAUGAAAAUAAAGAGAAAUUGGUGUUUGGUCUUUCUCGGCUUGGUGUUUAGAGCCUUCUUCGUAUGCCAUAAAGCAGGACUGUAUGCUACAAUCUGUAACCUAACUGCAUGUUUCUCAUGCCUUGAAUCAUGAUCUAAACGUUACAUUUCCAAGGGUGUGAUCAGUAAGGACUUUCUCCU